AUGAGCCCCUCUUCAGACAGCUUGUGGGAACAAUUUGACUCGAUUUUUGUCCGUUUUUCCUUUUUUUUCCUACCUGUGCCCCCUGGCCGAGUGCUGCGAGGUGACAGGCGCUGUUCCCCCGCAGACACCAUCGACAUCGUGCGUGAUCCCAUCUCCCCGGGGGAAUACAAGCCUGAGGAGGAUCCCAAACUCUACCACUCCUCCAAGACGGGCCGGGGGCCGCUGGGGGAUGACUGGCUGGAGGCGGCGGCGGCCGGCGGGCCCCUCAUGUGCGCCUACAAGCUGUGCAAGGUGGAAUUCCGCUACUGGGGGAUGCAGUCCAAGAUCGAGCAGUUCAUCCACGACGUGGGUCUGAGGAAGGUGAUGCUGCGUGCCCACCGCCAAGCCUGGUGCUGGCAGGACGAGUGGACGGACCUGACGAUGGAGGAUAUCCGGCAGCUGGAGGAGGAGACGGCGCGGAUGCUGGCACAGAAGAUGGCCAAGUGUGGCGAGGCUGAGGAGCCUCCCACGGCCGGCAUCAGCCCCGAGGGGAGGCCGGAGACAGGGGGGCCUGGUGGGCAGGAGGGGGCCGAGCUGCAGGGCGGGACCGAUGCCUCCUCUGAUGAUACCUUUGCCAAGCAGUGGUCCACCUCUUCCCGGUCCUCCUACUCUUCCCAGCAUGGAGGGGGCGUGUCUCCUCAGAGCCUGUCGGAGUGGCGGAUGCAGAACAUUGCCCGGGACUCCGAGAACAGCUCCGAAGAGGAAUUUUUCGAUGCCCAUGAGGACCUGUCUGACAGUGACGAGGUCUUUGCCAAGGAGAUGACCAAGUGGAGCUCCAAUGACUUUUUGGACACACUGGAGCGACCGGCAGAGCUGGAUGAGGCAAUGGGGGAUGGAGCCAGUGCUGCCAAGGCAGACAGUGAAGGACUGGGAACGUCUGGCUUCCCCGAGGGCGGUGCAGCGGAGAGCGCGGAGCAGAUGUGCCGGAUCCACGCGCUCUUCCUCAUCCUGCACAGCGGGAACAUCCUGGAUCAGGGCGCGGGCGAGCCGGGCUCCAAGCAGGCGGAUGUGCAGACGCUGGCGGCCACCUUCGACGCCGUCACCCGUGUCCACUUCCCCGAGGCGCUGGGACACGUGGCACUGCGCCUGGUGCCCUGCCCGCCCAUCUGCGCCGCGGCCUACACCCUCGUCUCCAAGUAUGCAUUCACGAUGGGAGAGGGGGAGAAUGGGGAGCUGAUGGAGGGGCCACAGCCAGCAGAGAGUGAGGAGAGCUCCAUCUACAGCCCCGCCAUCCCUCGGGAGAAGUGGCAGCGCAAGCGCACCCAAGUGAAGAUCCGGAACGUGACGGCCAACCACCGGGCCUGCGACGUGAUCGUGUGCGAGGGCAAAGCGCAGGUCCUGAGCGGGCGCUUCAUGUACGGACCCCUGGACGUGGUGACACUGACCGGGGAGAAGGUGGACAUCUACAUCAUGACACAGCCGCUGUCAGGGAAGUGGCUGUACUAUGGCACCGAGGUGACGAGCGGCAGCGGGCGCCUGACCUUCACCAUCCCUCCGGACAAGGCUCUGGCCAUCGGGAUCUACCCCGUGCGCAUGGUGGUCAGGGGGGAUCACAGCUAUGCCGAGGCGUACCUGACCGUGGUGGCCCGCGGCACCGAGUCCGUCGUGUUCAGCAUCGACGGCUCCUUCACUGCCAGCGUCUCCAUCAUGGGCAGUGACCCCAAAGUGCGGGCAGGGGCUGUGGACGUCGUAAGGCACUGGCAGGACGCGGGGUACAUGAUCAUCUACGUGACGGGGCGCCCCGACAUGCAGAAGCACCGUGUGGUGGCCUGGCUGUCCCAGCACAACUUCCCCCACGGCGCUGUCUCCUUCUGUGACGGGCUCACCCACGACCCACUGCGCCAGAAAGCUGCCUUCCUGCAGAGCCUGCGCACUGAGUGCCUGGCCAUGUCCCUGGGCCACGGCGAGCUCCAGGGCCACUUCCACUGA